AUGCUCGCGCGCAAGGACAGCGUGGACGAGCCCUUGCUGCCGACACGCACCUCGAGCCCGCCGCCCUCGCAGCAACGCCGCCCACGCCCGCUCUCGUCGACCACGCGCGCCGCACUCGGCCUGGCCGCCGCCUGCCUCGCCCUGUACCUCCUCGCCGCACCCUCUACCCGCACGAGCACCGCCGCCGUCGUCAACCCGGCGCCCGCCCUCGAGCUGCACCACACGGCGGCGGUCGACCCGGCCGAGCGCCUCGCGCUGCUCAACGCCGACUACGACCCGCACCGCGAGGGCUACGGCGUCGGCAGCACCGACCUGCAGGCGUACGGCGCGGGCUUGAGGCGCACGCUCGCCCAGGUGCUCGAGCGCGGCGGCGGCGGCGGCGAGGGACGGGGUCAGGGCGCGAUGGCCGACGAGGACGACGACGGCCUCGCGCCGUCACUCGUCGACGACGACGCGCUCGCCGACGCGCUCGAGUACCGCCUGUCGCUCGAGGCGCGCGAGUGCCCGAGCGGGGCACGCGCCAUCCCGCCCGACCUGUACGCGACCGCGCGCACCGUGUCGCCCGUCCCCCCAGCGCUCCAGUCGUGGCUCGGCGCCGCGUCCCCCCUCAGCCUGCACCUCCUCUCGUCCGAGGCCAUCGUCGCGUUCGUCGCGCGGCGCUUCCCGGCCCUCUCGAGCGCGUACGCCGCGCUCCCGAUCCCGAUCCUGCGGUACGACUUGUUCCGCCUCGUCGCGCUCGCCGCGAGAGGCGGCGUCUACACCGACGCCGACACGCGCCUCCUGCGGCCGUUCCCGUUCGCCGAGUGGCCCGCCGACGUCGACGACCGAACCGACCCGGCCCUGCGCCGAGCCUCGUCCUCGUCCUCCGCCAGCUCGACCUCGACCUCGGCCUUGCCCUCGCACGCCGACAUCCCUCCGGCACUCGUCAUCGGCCUCGAGUGGGCCUCGUCGUCGCCCUAUCGCGCGCAGAAGAACGUGCUCAACCCGCUGUACAACCGCGAGGCGGGCGUCGUCCAGUGGACGUUUGGCGCCGCGGCGGGGCACCCGGUCCUCCUCGACGCCGUCAGGCGCGUGCUGCGGCACAUGGAGCGGGUCGCGGCGCUCGAGGGAGCGCGCGAGGGCGGGCAGAACGUGCGCGACGAGAUGAGGUGGAAGGAGAAUGGGGUCGACGAGGGCGCGCUCCAGUUUGACCCGAGGGCCGACCGCAUGGUGCUCGAGUGGAGCGGGCCGGCAGUACUCACCGACUCGGUCGCACGCUACCUCCGCACCCGCCACGGCGCGUCGCUCCCCUCGCUCGCGCACGCCCUCUCGCGCACGCCUCGGCCGAUCCGCGUCGGCGACGUCCUCCUCCUCCCGAUCCAGGCCCUCAACGCGCGCACCGACGCCCAGGUCGGGUGGAAGGUGCUCGACUGGGCGCUCGGGAGGGGGUGGGCCCCGUGGAAGGGGGCGGGAGGCGAUGAGGGGUGGGGCUGGGGAGGCGGGAUCGUUGUGCACGAGCACGCCGCGUCGUGGUGGAAGCAGCGCAUCGGCAAGGACAAGGACUAG